AUGGCCAUGGCCAGUUCAAGUCAUGAAGAAAGGAACCGCCCUCCUCCACCCCCUCCACCCCCUCCACCCCCUCCACCCCCUCCACCUUCGAAUCCUCACUCCAAGAUAUCUCCCUAUGUUCUGAAGCUCAGGAGCGCGCCUCCCGAUUAUUUCUACCAGCCCCCAAAGAAGCCAGAACCUGUCGAUUUCUUUGCUGCACCCACUGGUCCCUACUUCGUUUACGGCACAUUAACAGAUCCGUUAAUGAUCUCGGAGAUUCUCGAGCUGCCUGAGGAACCAAAGCUGCGACCUGCAUACAUUCUGGGCUACGAAUGUAAAAUGUGGGGUCAAUAUCCUGCCCUGCUCGAUUGCCCGGGCUCGGUGGUUGAAGGCGCAGCGUAUCAUGUCCGUACCACGCAGGAUGCAGAGAGACUUGCUGCGUAUGAGACUGGAAACUACCGUGCCGAACAUUGUCUCAUCAGAUAUACAGAUGGCAAAGAGCCGUCUGAGGAUCUGGGGUACACUUUCAAGUUUGUUGGGGAUCUGAGCGAGCUGAGCGAGGGCGAGUUUGAUCUAAAGGUCUGGUUGAGACGGAUGGGGAGACAUGCUGCGGCUGAUAAGUUGGAGGCUGCUAAAUGCGAGAAAUAG